CUACACUCUGAGUCGUCUGGAGGGUCGCUUGGGCACGCCGGAGAGACCCCUGUCGGAGCAGGGGCUCUUGGUGUACAGGCGGUAUUGGCGAUGGGUCUUGCUCUCAUUUCUCCAGCCCUACCGCCACAAGGACGUCUCCUUUGAGGGUCCGUCGCCUCCUGCUUUGUUUUUUUCCAAAUGUCCGAUUGUGCCUCGAUGGGUGGUCGUCUGA